AUGGCCAAUGGGAAGCAUUGGGGUGGAGGGGUACCAGUGUCCCUGCAGGGGCCAGGGGAUGUUCGCGCCGCGACCACCCUCAGACUGCCACCCCCUAGCCCUCGGGGGCCUCCUCUCCUUAAGGCAGCCCCGGGCGGAGCGCAGGGUGCGGGGCGAGGCUCAGCCCCGAUGCACGCAGGCUGCGGUCCCCACGCCGCAGCGCUGCGGCUGAGCGCACUUCCCCGGGAGGCCGGCCCCGCGGGGGCUGGGGCCAGCGGUGCCAAGCGCAGCUGGACUAGCGGCAGCAGCUGGGCGAGUGACAGCCCCAGCUCCGCGCGCCGCGGCCGCCAGAGCCGGCGCAGGGGAAGCGCCCGCGGCCCCAGGCGGCAGCAGCGGCCGCCUCCUCGCGCGCCUCCCGGGCCCGCAGCCCGCGGUCCCGCCGCCCCGGGGCCGGCACCUCUCGGGCUCCCGGUCCCCGCGCGCAAGAUGGCUGACCCGGCUGCGGGGCAGCCGCCGAGCGAGGGCGAGGAGAGCACCGUGCGCUUCGCCCGCAAAGGCGCCCUCCGGCAGAAAAACGUGCACGAGGUGAAGAACCACAAAUUCACCGCCCGCUUCUUCAAGCAGCCCACCUUCUGCAGCCACUGCACCGACUUCAUCUGGGGCUUUGGGAAGCAGGGAUUCCAAUGUCAAGUUUGCUGCUUCGUAGUGCACAAGCGGUGCCAUGAGUUUGUCACAUUCUCCUGCCCUGGUGCUGACAAGGGCCCAGCCUCUGAUGACCCCCGGAGCAAACACAAGUUCAAGAUCCACACGUACUCCAGCCCCACGUUCUGUGACCACUGUGGAUCCCUGCUGUACGGGCUCAUCCACCAGGGGAUGAAAUGCGACACCUGCAUGAUGAACGUGCACAAGCGCUGUGUGAUGAACGUCCCAAGCCUGUGCGGCACCGACCACACCGAGCGCCGCGGCCGCAUCUACAUCCAGGCCCACAUCGACCGCGAGGUCCUCAUCGUCGUCGUAAGAGAUGCUAAAAACCUUGUACCUAUGGACCCCAAUGGCUUGUCAGACCCCUAUGUAAAACUGAAACUGAUUCCUGAUCCCAAAAGCGAGAGCAAGCAGAAGACCAAAACUAUCAAGUGCUCCCUCAACCCCGAGUGGAACGAGACAUUCAGAUUUCAGCUGAAGGAAUCGGACAAAGACAGAAGACUGUCAGUAGAGAUAUGGGACUGGGAUCUGACCAGCAGGAAUGACUUCAUGGGGUCUUUGUCCUUUGGGAUUUCUGAGCUGCAGAAAGCAGGUGUUGAUGGCUGGUUUAAGUUGCUGAGCCAGGAGGAAGGCGAGUACUUCAACGUGCCUGUGCCGCCGGAGGGGAGCGAGGGCAAUGAAGAACUGCGGCAGAAAUUUGAGAGAGCCAAGAUUGGUCAGGGAACCAAGACCCCAGAAGAAAAGACGACCAACACUAUUUCCAAAUUUGACAACAAUGGCAACAGGGACCGGAUGAAACUGACCGAUUUCAACUUCCUGAUGGUGCUGGGGAAAGGCAGUUUCGGCAAGGUGAUGCUGUCAGAGCGGAAGGGCACAGAUGAGCUCUACGCUGUGAAGAUCCUCAAAAAGGACGUGGUGAUCCAAGAUGACGACGUGGAAUGCACCAUGGUAGAGAAGCGGGUGCUGGCCUUGCCUGGGAAGCCACCGUUCCUCACCCAGCUCCACUCCUGCUUCCAGACCAUGGACCGCCUGUACUUCGUCAUGGAGUAUGUGAACGGAGGGGACCUCAUGUACCACAUCCAACAAGUUGGCCGGUUCAAGGAGCCUCAUGCUGUAUUUUAUGCUGCAGAAAUUGCCAUCGGUCUGUUCUUCCUACAGAGCAAGGGCAUCAUUUACCGUGACCUGAAACUUGACAAUGUGAUGCUGGAUUCCGAGGGACACAUCAAGAUCGCUGACUUUGGCAUGUGUAAGGAAAACAUUUGGGACGGGGUGACAACCAAGACCUUUUGUGGAACUCCAGACUACAUUGCUCCGGAGAUAAUUGCUUAUCAGCCCUAUGGGAAGUCCGUGGAUUGGUGGGCAUUCGGAGUCCUGCUAUAUGAAAUGCUGGCUGGACAGGCACCCUUUGAAGGGGAGGAUGAGGACGAGCUGUUCCAGUCCAUCAUGGAACACAACGUGGCUUACCCCAAGUCCAUGUCCAAGGAAGCCGUGGCCAUCUGCAAAGGGCUGAUGACCAAGCACCCGGGCAAGCGUCUGGGCUGUGGACCUGAAGGUGAACGUGACAUCAAAGACCAUGCGUUUUUCCGAUACAUUGAUUGGGAGAAGCUUGAACGCAAAGAAAUACAACCUCCCUACAAGCCAAAAGCCUGUGGGCGAAAUGCUGAAAACUUCGACCGGUUUUUCACCCGCCAUCCACCAGUCCUAACACCUCCCGACCAGGAAGUCAUCAGGAAUAUUGACCAAUCAGAAUUCGAAGGAUUUUCCUUUGUUAACUCUGAAUUUUUAAAACCUGAAGUCAAGAGCUAAGUAGAUGUGUAGACCUCCGUCUUUCAUUUCUGUCAUUCGAGCUCAACGGCUAUUGUGGUGACAUUUUUUUUUUUCAUUGCCGAGUCGCAUCCAUGUUUUGUUUUCCAGAAAGGCUAGAGCGACCAUGUUUCAGAACCCAAAUGUCCUCCAGUAGUUUGGAGCAUCUCUAUGAGAUGGGAUUAUGCAGGUGGCGCCUGAACCUGCUGCUGCAUAAUUGGGAUGUAUUGGAGUCCUCUCUCGGUUUAUUCUCCCCAGCAUGUCUGCUAAGGAAAUCCAGCAGGGAGAGAAAAUGCCUGCUUUCUCUCCUCCUCUCCUGCACCGCUGUUUCACCCUCCUCCUGACCAUUCGAUCUAGACUCGUCCCACAAAAUGGGUGGCUAAUCGGAUGCUAGCAAUACCCUUCCACUUCCAGGCCUGGAGCUUGGCUUGUGUCCAAAUAUACGGUUGCUUUGGUCUGCAGGGAAUCCCUCCAUUCUGCCCGCUCUG